CCUCGGUAGCUCCUGAUGGUCGCUUCUUUCCAGUCGAUUCAGCGCAAGAAUCUCUUAUAUGCAUCCACUAUUCAACUAAUUUUCUUUCCUUCAGCACUUCAAGAAACUCACCCGGAUCAGCGUUAAACUCAUACUCGAUAACAAUUGCGUAACCAGAGAUAAGAUAACGUCUUUAACCAUAACUAUAAUUUUUAUCCAUCAUUUCUCGCUUUUUUAAUGCAUAAUCAACGUCAUUCCUAGAACAAGUGUUGGAGAAAUAACCAAUAAAUUAUCCCGGUUCCAGACGUUCCAGUUGCCAGAAGGAGAUGGGUGAAUAUUCAAGCCCAACAUACCUGGGUUUAGACCUCAGCACACAGCAGUUGAAAGCAGUAGUUGUUGAUGAUAAUCUCGAAGUUCUUGUCGAAGCAAACGUCCAAUUCGAUAACGAUCUGCCUGAAUUUAGAACUUACGGAGGAGUAAUUAUCAGGAAAGACGCUCCAAGUGUAGUACAAGCACCAUGUCUCAUGUGGGUAAAAGCCUUAGAUAUGCUUCUGGACAAACUGCGUGUUUCAGGUGUAGAUUUUGCUCGAGUCCGUGGUAUUUCCGGUUGUGCUCAGCAACACGGAACAGUUUAUUGGAGCAAAGGAAGCCGCGAGUUACUGAAGAAUUUGAAACCGGAUAGGUUUUUACAUGAACAACUGUGCAAUGCUUUUGCAACAAAUAACUCACCGAUAUGGAUGGACUCAAGUACAUCUCAAGAAUGUGAAAUUCUUGAACAGACAGUUGGUGGUCCAGAUAAAUUAGCAGAAAUCACCGGAUCAAAAGCAUAUGAAAGAUUUUCAGGAGCACAAAUAGCUAAGAUUUGGCGAACUAGACCGGAUAUUUAUGCCAACACUGAAAGAAUUUCUUUGGUCAGUAGUUUUGUAGCCAGUCUUCUGGUCGGCGACUAUGCUCCAAUAGAUUAUUCCGAUGGUUCUGGUAUGAACAUUCUUGAUAUUCGCACAAAAAAAUGGAACGAUCAACUUCUUCAGGUUUGUGGAAUAAAUUUACAAGAUAAACUUGGUGAAACUGUGUCUUCAUAUACAAAUCUUGGUCCAAUUUCAAAUUAUUUUGUUGAAAGAUUUGGUUUUGCUGAAGACUGCGGAAUCAUUGCUUUUACGGGUGAUAACCCUGCUUCAUUGAUAGGGAUGAGACUGAAGAAGGGUGACUUAGCCUGUAGCCUAGGAACAAGCGAUACUUUAUUUUUAUGGUUGGAUGCUCCAAAAACCCUUACUGAGGGUCACGUUUUAUGUAAUCCGAUUGAUGGCGAUGCGUACAUGGCGAUGUUAUGUUUCAAGAAUGGUUCGUUCACUCGUGAAAGAAUAAGAGACACUGCUGCCGGUGGUUCAUGGCAGAUAUUCAACGAAUUACUAGAUAGCACUCCGCGAGGUAAUUUUGGAAACAUUGCACUAUAUUUUGAUGCUCCCGAAAUUAUUCCAGCAUUAGUAGGAGAUCACAGAUUUAAUAAAGCUGAUGAAAGAAUAUCAAGAUAUAGCUCUAAAGAAGUAGAAGUAAGAGCUCUUAUUGAAGGACAAUUUUUGGCUAAAAGAGCUUAUGCAGAAGAUUUUGGAUUUGUUGUUGGGUCAAACACUCGUAUCAUUGCUACUGGUGGAACAUCAUCAAAUAAAACUGUUCUUCAAGUUCUAUCUGAUGUAUUCAAUGCACCAGUUUACACUUUUGAAAUGACAAAUUCUGCUUUAUUGGGAGCAGCAUAUCAAGCCAAGCAUGCCCUCCAUCGAGAAAAUAAUAAUUUUGAAGAAAUAACAAGUAUCAUUCCAGAGCCUAAACUUGCCUGUAAACCGUUCAGUGAUGCUGAAUCAAUAUAUCGGCCGAUGUUGGCACGUUAUCGAAAAAUUGUCGCACAACUACUGAAGCAAAAUGAUGAUAGCUAAAUUUAUUUAUUUAUGUUAAAGAAUUUAUUAUAUAUUCUUUAAACAAAUGCUUAACGAAAAAAGACUUUUG